AUGGGCGCACAAGGGCAACCGUGCCGCUUGGACAUAGUCAAGGACCUUGCGACGAAGUCCAAUUUCAGCGGCCCCCCUCCACCGUUCAACCUCAAGAGCCAACCUGGCGGGCCAUGCGCCACGCAGAUUUUCGUCGCUGGCGCCGGGGAGGGCAAGGUGCACAUCUUCAAAGACGUUGACUUGAAGGGCCAGUUCUUGAAGAUGGCAAACUGCGAGCCAAUGCGUCAUGGCACAGGCGUCGUGCACCAGCAUAGGAGGCAGCAUAGGGCAGGCCGCAAUGCGAUCUGUUACCCCCUGGAGAAAGCUGGCGGCUACCAGGUUCGCUUCUCCGCGCUGACAGCCACUGCGAAGCCUUCCACGCGCUCGACCGAGCGGGGUAAGAAGCUCGAGGGGCACCGGUACAUCGAGAAGAAGGGCCCGAAGAGCAACAACCGCAACCAGUUCAUGGAGUUCGCGAGUUCGCGGACAAGGACGGCGCUGCGGAACCAUGCGAGCGGGCGCAUCAAUGCCAAACGCCUCACUGUCUGGGCGCUCGCGCCAACGGACUUCGAGCCGCGGUUCAUCAGCGAGGUGCUCGAGAAGAUCUUGCCAACUCUUCGCCGCAACGGCGCGCGCUGGAUCGGCAAGACCAGACAUGGGGAGUCAACACUUGCGCUCUUGAUGCCCAUGCUCGAGAUCGACGCCCCUGUGGAAGAUGCUGGGCAGGGCGCCCCCGAGCCUUCCAUUGUCACCGCCAAGCACUUUGACCCCUUCAUGGGCGAGCGCGCGGAGAGGGCGCUGCCCGCGGUGUUCGACGACGGGGACUUGCACAAGCAAGGCGCGUCCGUGUUGAACGCGCUCCUUCGCCCAAGCGAGGAGGGCCCCACCUUGCGGGCGAAGCGGGGGCCCAGCGCAUUCGCCCCAGGGGCGCCCCGCCAGGCUGUGAACAACAGCUGCGGCCAUGCAUUGGAGAAGAAGACGCGCGCGUGCUGCGGCAAGCACGGAGACGGCCCAACUUCGCCGAACAACUACCCGACCGGCGUCAAGGAGAAACCGGAGUGGUCGCUGCAUCUCGCAAAGCGCCUGAUGCGUGGCGAGGACGCGCCCUCCGCGUCGAUCACCCGCGGGCCAUCUGCAGUCGCUGGCACGGGGUGCGCCGGCGAGCUGAGCAGCGUGGACGCGACCGAGCAGCAGGCGAUCUACGCCGCGACGCAGCAACAGUUCUUCGAGGGCAACAAGAGGGACAGCGGCGCGUUGGUCGACCUCACGUCGCCCCCCCGCAAGCGCCUGACGACGGGCGCCAGGGCUCCCUUCGGGCGCGGCGGCGAGCUCAGCGACCAGGCGUUCUUCAACCAGAACCAGGUGGACUCUGGCGCGAAGAUGGACCUCACCACUCCGCCCCGCCAGCGCCCUAACGCGGCGGGCGACGACUUCAACUUGGAGGCCGAGCUCGAGCGCCACCUAGACCUGGAGCACGACAGCGAGCGCCAGCUAACGGAGGAAGCCCGCAAUCAGGCAGCAGAGGACGCCGCGGGCCAGGGCGGCGCCAUGGAGGAGUGA